UUUAAGCUAAUAAUAGUGUGUUUUUGUUGCAAUAAUUAAAUUAGAUACAGACGUUUGUUAAACAAAAAAUUAUAAGAAAACAAUAAAUAAUUCACUGUUUUUGUAAUCGCACAAAAAACAAAAAAAAAUUUACUUUCUUAUAUUAUUAUUUGAGCUUCUUAGCCCAUAAAAAACACAAAAUCUAAAUAAUUUUCCCUCUUAUUUUGGGAGUAACGGUCAUUUUUUUUGUUUUGAAAAACCAAAAUUUGAAAAUAUAAAAAAAUAUAAAUAUUAAAAUUACUAAUUUUAAAUAAAAUUUAUAAUUAAAUUUUAUAGUACAAUUAUGAAAUGGAUAUUUCACUUUUAUAAAAUAACUGUAAUUAUAAAUCAAUUAAUAAUGGUUGUUUCUUUACCACAAUUUAUUCGUGUUGGUGCUAUUUUUGAUGAAAAUCAAAAAAAUGGUCCCACUGAAUUUGCAUUUAAAUAUGCUGUACAUAGUAUAAACGAAAACAAAGGGAUUUUACCGGAAACAAAAUUAAUUUUUAAUAUUCAAUAUGUUAAAAAAGAUGAUUCAUUUCACGCAACAAAAAAAGUUUGUUCUCAAAUAAAAAUGGGUGUUCAGGCAGUAUUUGGACCUACAGAUCCUAUAUUAGGAUCUCAUAUACAUUCAAUAUGCGAUGCAACUGAUAUACCACAUUUAGAAACACGUAUAAAUGAAAAUAAUGAAAUAAAAGAAUUUUCAAUAAAUUUACAUCCAGCACAAGAAUAUGUUAAUUAUGCAUUUCAAGAUGUUAUAAAAUACUUAAAUUGGACAAAAUUAGGGAUUUUAUGCGAAAAAAAUUAUGGUAUAAUACAACUUAGAGAAUUGGUAAAAAUGCCUGGAUUAGAAGUUCAUAUACGACAAGUUGAUGCUACAUCAUAUAUACAAAUUUUAAAUGAAUUAAAAAAUAAAGAAAUUCAUAAUUUAGUAAUUGAUACAAAACCCGAUAACAUUUCCUUAUUAUUAAAAGGGAUUCUUCAAUUGCAAAUGAAUGAAUAUAAAUAUCAUUAUUUAUUUACCAGUUUUGAUUUAGAAACGUUUGAUUUAGAGGAUUUUAAAUAUAAUUUUGUUAAUAUAACAGCAUUUCGUUUAGUUGAUAUUGGUGAUGUUGGUGUUAAAGAAAUUUUAAAAAAUAUGCAAUUAUAUCAGAAGAAUUAUUUAAAUAGACAACUUUCAAAUAAUUAUUCGAUAACAGUUGAGAAGAAUUUUAAUUUUAAUAAUAACGGCAUUAAAAAACCAAGAGCAAUACAGACUGAACCAGCUUUAAUGUUUGAUUCAGUUUAUAUAUUUGCAAUUGGUUUACAAACUUUAGAACAAUCGCAUACAUUACAAUUACCAAAUAUAAGUUGUGAAAAUGAAAAUCCAUGGGAUGGUGGCCUUAGUCUAAUCAAUUAUAUAAAUGCUGUUGAAUGGAAAGGUCUUACUGGUCCAAUACAAUUUAAGGAAGGCAGAAGAAUACAAUUUAAAUUAGAUUUAGUUAAAUUAAGGCAACAUUCAAUCAUUAAAGUUGGUGAAUGGUCGCCCCAAUCAGGUUUAAAUAUUACAGAUCGUUCAAUAUUUUAUGAUUCUGGCACAAUGAAUGUAACAUUGGUUGUAAUAACAAUAUUGGAGACACCAUAUGUUAUGAUGCAUUAUGGUAAAAAUUUUACUGGAAAUGAACGAUUUUUUGGAUUUUGUGUGGACAUAUUACAUCGUGUUGCACAGGAAGUUGGUUUCGAUUAUAUAUUGGAUUUGGUACCAGAUCGAAAAUAUGGUGCAAAACAUCCGAUAACAGGAGAAUGGAAUGGAAUGGUUGCUCAAUUAAUGAAGCAUAAAGCUGAUUUAGCUGUUGGAUCAAUGACAAUAACAUAUGCAAGAGAAAGUGUAAUAGAUUUUACAAAACCAUUUAUGAAUUUGGGUAUAAGUAUAUUGUUUAAAGUUCCAACAUCACCACCAACACGUUUAUUUUCAUUUAUGAAUCCAUUAGCUAUUGAAAUAUGGUUAUAUGUUUUAGCUGCAUAUAUAUUAGUAUCAUUAACAAUGUAUAUUGUUGCAAGAUUCUCACCAUACGAAUGGAAUAAUCCACAUCCAUGUGAUACAGAAAAUGAAAUUAUUGAGAAUCAAUUUACAAUUGCAAAUAGUUUUUGGUUUUCUGUUGGUACAUUAAUGCAACAGGGAUCUGAUUUAAAUCCAAAAGCAACAUCAACACGUAUUGUAAGUGCAAUAUGGUGGUUUUUUACAUUAAUUAUUGUAUCGUCGUAUACAGCAAAUUUAGCAGCAUUUUUAACUGUCGAACGUAUGGCAACACCAAUUGAAAAUGCAGAAGAUUUAGCCAGUCAAACAGAAAUAUCAUAUGGUACAUUAGAAAGUGGCUCAACAAUGACAUUUUUUCGGGACUCAAUGAUAGAGACUUAUAAAAAAAUGUGGAGAUUUAUGGAAAAUAAAAAACCAUCAGUAUUUACAACUACAUAUGAAGAAGGUAUCAAACGUGUUUUAGAGGGAAAUUAUGCAUUCUUAAUGGAGUCAACAAUGCUUGACUAUAUCGUACAAAGAGCUUGUAAUUUAACACAAAUCGGUGGACUUUUGGAUACUAAAGGUUAUGGUAUAGCAACACCAAUGGGAUCACCAUGGCGCGAUAAAAUUUCCUUAGCGAUUCUUGAGUUACAAGAGAAAGGUGAAAUUCAAAUGUUAUAUGAUAAAUGGUGGAAAAAUGCCGGCGAAACAUGUAUAAAACAGGAUAAAGCUAAAGAAUCUAAGGCAAAUGCUUUAGGUGUUGAUAAUAUAGGUGGUGUAUUUGUAGUUUUAUUAUGUGGUAUAGCGAUUGCAGUAUCAAUAGCUAUAUGCGAAUUUUGUUAUGUUACAAAAAAACGAUCGAAUGUAAAAACGACAAAUUUAUUGAUGAAAAGAAGAUAUGAAGCGGUUUUAUUAAAAAAUGAUGCAGUUUAUAAUGAUAUAAGUAAACAACAAUUAAAUAAUAUAAAACGACAAUUAUAUGAUAUAAAACAACACAAUUUAAAUUCAGCUACAUCAGCAGCAUUAUUAAAUCGUUCAUAUAAAAUACCAAAAAGAUCAAUUUAUUCUGAAAUGAGUGAAGAAUUUUGUUUUGCAUUGCAAUGUUUAGGUUCACAACAACGUCCUGCAUUAAAAAGGCAAUGUUCAAAAUGUUUUCCAAACAAUACAAAUUUAUUAAUGGGGACAACAAAAACAUUAAAUGGUACAGGAACAACAGAAAAAUCUUUAAUUGAGAAGGAAUUGAAAACAACAACCAAUAUCGAAACAACAAGUCUUAUAACAACAAAGCAAUCAUUACCAACAUCAUCAAUAUCUACCCAAAUUAAUGAUAACAAUAAAAGAAAUGUUAGAAGAACAUCAACAGUAACUCUUGAUAAACCAACAAUCAUGAAAACUAGUACUGCGAAAAAAAUAAAAUCUACAACAAUCUCAAAUAUUUAAAAUCUCGAACAUAUGUUACUGAACAUAGACGCUUACAAUUUUCUUUGCAAAAAUUUAAAUAUAAUAUUCAAAUUUUCCACAAAUUUUUUUACUUCAUUUAAGUAAAGUUUGCGUGAUUUGGCGGUUUAAAUUCAAAUUUCAUAAAUGCAAUAAUACUUUCCUUAAACAGUUCAGCAAUUAUUAUUCAUAAGCAGAAUUGCUGAAAAAGUGUAUUAAAAUGUGUAAUUUUUUUCUGUAAUGUUAAUUUAUUUUUGAACAAUAAUUAUUCAAUAAGAAUGGUUGAUUUCAUUUCAUGUGAAAAGGGAAACAGAAGGAAAAAUUUGGCAUUAUUAGUGAGUUGCGAAAAGUUUCUUGUUAAAUUAAUUAUGAAACUUUUUUAUUUUCAUAUUUCGGAAGGGAAGAUUUCUAAAAUCAAAACUAACUUACAAUAAAAGACGCCAUAUGAUAUUCUUGGGUCCAUGAAUUAUUGUAAAUGUAAGGGAAACUUGGUUGUUAAGUAGAACAUUUUUAUAAUUGAAGGAAGAAAUCAGUUUGAAUGAUUGUUGUAAACUUUUAUUUUUCUCAAUUACUCUUCAACCAGAACAGAUAGGAGGGAAACUCAUAUACCAAAUUAAAGUUAAAUUUAUAAGGUUACCAUAGCUGUGUUGAAAUUAGAGGAAGCUCUAAUGUUACGUCAUCUAGAAAAUUAACAUUUUUUAAAAAUGAAAAUUGAAAAUUUCAUACUUUUCGAAUUAUAUUGUCAUGUGAUUCCGAAAAUAAACUUUAACUAAUUUUUGUAGAUA